ACGUACCGGUAUUCUUCAAGGUUCAGCUACCUAGAGAAGCGAAAGGUGGUAUACGGUAGCUCGCGAGCGAGCUCUCAGCUCCACAUACGUAAGGGUAGCUAUAAAAAAAAAGAAAAAAAUUAAUCAGAAGAUGUCGGACAUGUCGACCACGAGCCUGGCAACCGCGCUCCACGGCCUCGGCAUUCACACGUCCGAGGAGGAGAGAAGACACUCCACAGCCUCAACCGCGUCCACUCCGAUCGAGUACUCGCCGCCGGCAACACCCCCGCCCGCCGACGCCGAAGACAAGAAAGACCGCGAUCGGAUAAUCGUCGGCAUCGACUUUGGAACCACCCACAGCGCCCUCGCCUGGGCCCACACCAGCACUCCCGACGAGUACGAGGUGAUCACGCAAUGGCCGGGGCAGUCGGGCAAAGACUGGGGCAAAGUCCCGUCGGACAUCUCAUACAACACGGGUCGCUCGCCAUCACCGCCCGCGACCACCACUCCCACCCCCUCCUCCCUCACCCCGUCCCCCGACACGCUCUCCUUCAAAUGGGGCUUCGAAGUCCCCGCGGCGGACCCGCAAAAGCUCAGCUGGGUAAAGAUCCUGCUCGACCCGUCACAGCCGCGUCCGACCUUCGUCCAGCCCAAAAAGUCCGUGUUGCCACCCGGCAAGACGCCCGUCUCCAUCGUGACCGACUACCUGCGCGCCCUGCGCGCCUACACGCUGCUAACGCUGACGCGGCGCCUGGGCGCCGAGGUGGUCGAGACAACCCCGGUGGAGUAUGUCCUCACUGUCCCCGCCGUGUGGAGCGAUAAGGCGCGGGCGACUACGCUGGAGGCGGCGGUGGCGGCGGGGCUAGGCGGGGUGGAGGACGAGGAAGGGGGCGGGCUCAGACUCAUCACGGAGCCUGAGGGCGCCGCGGAGUAUGCGUUGCGAAGCUUGAGGCCGAAUACGCUGAAGGAGGGGGACUGCUUUACGGUGUGUGAUGCCGGCGGCGGCACGGUCGACCUGAUCACGUAUACCAUCUCGUCGCUGCAACCGCUGCAGCUGCAGGAGGUCGCGGUGGGAACGGGCGCGCUCUGCGGUGCGGUCUAUCUUGACCGGAGGUUUGAGGACUUUGUGGCCGAGAAGAUUGGUAGGGACAGGUUUGAGGCUAUGGAUCCUCGCGCCAAGUUCCAGAUGGGGCAGUAUUGGGAGACGUAUAUGAAAAGAGAGUUCUCGGAGAAGGUUGCUGGCGACAACGACGAUGAUGACUUUUGGGUGCCUGUGAUGGGCGUGCCGGAUACGGACGACGGAAGGAUGCGCGGUGGGUUCUUGAGGGUUUCGAGAGACGAAGUACGCGAGAUCUUCGCGCCGAUCGUGGCGCAAGUCCUCGAGCUCCUCGGGGCACAAGUGUUACAAGUGCUCAAGUCAGCGCAAAAGCCCGUCGGCGCAAUCCUUCUCGUCGGCGGCUUCGGCAGCAGCGAGUACCUGUACCGACAGAUCCUGUCCUGGUCGAGCGGGAGCAUCCCGGUGCUGCAGCCGCGCAACGCAUGGACCGCGGUGGUGCGCGGCGCAAUAAUCCGCGGCCUCCAGGGCGACACCGUUAAGGCCCGCCUGAGCCGUCGCUACUACGGCGUCGUCCAUGACGCCAAAUUCGAUCCCCAGAAACAUGAUGACGUGGAAAAGCAGUGGCACCAGCUGCGAUGCGAGUGGGUCGUCAGGAACAGGAUCCAGUGGUACAUCCGGCGGGGCGACGUAACCACCUCAACACGCACGCUCUCGUUCGCGUUCUACCGGACGAUCGCGGCUUCAGACAUAGUCGGCGGGACCCACGCGCUCAAGACGGAGCUGUGGGUAUGCGAUGCCGAGACCGCGCCCAGCAAGCGCGACAGCACGGUGCGGAAGCUGUGCGUGAUGGAGAGCGAGCCCGUCCCUGUCGAAAGGUUUGUCAAGAUGCGGAAUGAAAAGGGCGACGUGUUUUAUCGCGUCGAUUAUAGCCUCGACAUGACAGUCACCGGCGGCGCAGUGGUUUAUGAGAUGAGUAUGGCGAAGAAGGGGGUCAAGGGAGUGAAAGGGGAGAAGGGGACGAAGGGAGAGAGGGAGAAGGUAGGAAGGGUCGAGGUGAGGUAUGAAUGAAUGAUGACGAC